AUGCGUGGGUCUAUGCAUUCGAUUCAGAGAGAUAUGAUAAUGCUUGAGAAUCAGGUUCCUCUCUUCAUACUUGAUCGGCUACUGGGUCUUCAGAUUGGAGAUCCAGACCAGAAGGGACUUGUGGCCAAAUUGACACUCCAAUUCUUCGAUCCAUUAAUGCCAACCGAUGAGCCAUUGACGAAAAGUGACAGGAACAAGUUGGAAUCGUCCCUUGGAUACGCGACCACUUUCGAUCCGUUGUGGGAUCAAGGUUGUCUUCAUUGCCUCGAUUGUUUCAGAAGAAGUUUGUUGAGGUCUGAACUUCAGCCCAAACCAAUUCCAAGAGCUUGGAUGAAGCGGUGGUCGAAUGCCAAUCGGGUUGCGGAUAAGAGGAGGCAGCAGUUGAUACAUUGUGUCACCGAGCUCAGAGAGGCCGGGAUCAAAUUCAAGAAGAGGAAGACUGAUAGGUUCUGGGAUAUCAAAUUCAAGAAUGGGAUAUUGAGAAUUCCCAGGCUUUUGAUCCAUGAUGGGACAAAGUCUUUGUUUCUCAAUCUCAUUGCGUUUGAGCAAUGCCAUCUUGACUGUAGCAAUGAUAUUACUUCGUAUGUUAUAUUCAUGGACAACUUGAUCAACUCUCCUGAGGAUGUUGGGUACCUCCAUUAUUGUGGUAUAAUUGAGCACUGGCUUGGAAGUGAUGAUGAGGUUGCUGACCUCUUCAAUCGCCUUUGUCAAGAGGUGGUUUUCGAUAUCAACGACAGCUAUCUUUCGCCGUUGUCGGAGAAGGUAAACCGGUACUACAACUACCGGUGGAAUACUUGGCGGGCUAGCUUAAAACAUAACUAUUUCGGGAAUCCCUGGGCAAUCAUCUCUUUAGUUGCUGCUAUCGUGCUGUUAUUGCUCACUUUUGCACAGACUUUCUAUGGUGUUUAUGGUUAUUACAAGCCACAUUGA